UCAAGCUGAGCAGAGAUAAGAGCUACUGUUCCUGGAUAUUUUAUAUAUUUUUGAGCUUUUUGAAUUUAAGGAAUAAAAGGGAAUGCUCUCUUGACUGCAAAAAAGGGUGAAAAAGCGAAAUCGUUGCUUUGGCUACUGAAAGAAGUGACCGAAGAGGAGUGACAGCAGCAGCAGGGGACCGAGGGCUGAGUUUUCUUCAAACAUAGCUAUGGCUUUGAUCUUCUUGGUUUUUCUUCUGUUUUUGGAGUUGAGGAGCUGCCAACUUCAGUGUGUCAAAGAAACUUUAAACCCCAAAGAGCUUUCACUUGAAAUGCCCUCACAUAUCCAGGAGGUAUCUGGGGAAUGCAUCCAUAUCCCAUAUGAAGUCACCUUUCCGAAAAACAAAGCAAAUGUCCCACAUAAGAGGAUCUGGUUCAGAGGAGAUCCACACAACACAGUAGAAACAAAAGAGGUUAAAAAUGCAGAAUCUAGGACAAAAGAUGUUUUCAGGAUACGUGGUCUACCUGCUGGAGAGUUCGAGUACGGACUCAAAGUGGAAUGGGAGUGUAACCAGACGUACGUCUUUCCAACAAGGGUUCGUGUCUCAGUUUCUGCUUUAACUGAAAGUCCACGGGUGUUUAUCCCUGAUUUGGAGGAAGGACGGCUGGAUAGCCUGUUAUGUUUUGCCCCUCGUUUAUGUUCUGCCAGACCAAAAAUUCACUGGACGCUAACAACAGCUGAUGGAAAAAAUACACCACUGAGUGAAAAAUAUUAUGAAUGGGAAAGAGGCAGGGAUCUGCACUUCAGACCAACAGCACACCUCCACAACAGUAACAUCACAUGUGUGGUGGAAUAUGACAACAAUUUGGUUACUACGAGAACUGCCACCUUAAAUGUGAGAUUUGCUCCCAGGAUCUUAAAUGGCUCCCAGUGCGUGGUCAAAGGGAAGCAACUGGUCUGUGUGUGCAUCAGCCGGGGGAAUCCCCCCUCACCUAUCACCUGGCCUUUAGCAUCUCUCACCGACUUCUCAGUCACCAGCUACAGCAGCGGCUUAACAGUGGACAGCACCAUCUCCAUGCCUGCUGCUGACUACCACAACACCAGCAUCACAUGCAUCAGCAGCAACAGAGUGGGACAGACACAGAGGGAGAUUCCUAUUAGAAACCAAACAGUGAACUUCAAGUCUGAUGAGAAGCAGUCAUCUAGUGCAGCCCUGAUUUGGAUAACAGCCGUGUCUGUCAGUCUGAACCUGGUCCUGCUCAUCAGUCUGAUUGUCUGCAUUCACAAACGGGGCAAAACUUCACAAGAGAAACCCCAGGAAGAGAUGAACACCUAUGCUUCCCUGAACAGGGCUCAAGUUGAGCAAGACUACAGUGUUAUUUCACCUAAACGCAAUUGAACAAUGCAGUUAUACUUGUGUUAGCCUCAUUGGUGUUUAUGUGCUGAUUAUGCACCAAGGUUAAUGUUUCAGUGAAAUACAGUGUUUGGUGAGUGUUUCAUUUGAAGUGUGAUUGGAUGUUACAUGAGUGUCGGAGUGGGCAUCUCAGCAAAAGUUGUGGAAAAUCCUUCAAAGUUCUCAAAACGAACAUGAGGCCUAAUGACCUUUGACCUCUGAAAUAUAAUCAGAUAAUCCUUGAGGCAGACUUAACAUUUGUGUUAAGUUUGAAGACAAUCCCUUAAAGUGUCUUUGAGAUAUCAUGCUAACAAGAAAGGCUGGAAUGGGUGAAGGGACAACCCAUAAACGUCACGCCUCAAGCCGCGUCUGUUGCCAGUCUGGAAGCAUAAAGAUGUUAAAACUUCCUACAAAUGAGACAAUUUUUAAAACUUAACCCUUCAUGGGGCCAGGAACCAGAAAUGGUCACUUUGGUGGGCUUCCUUUAUGGCCCCUCAACUCUCUAUGAUACAGAAGAACCACAGUGAGUUUUCAUUGCCAAUCAGAAGAGCUCAGCCAACAUCACAGAGCGGUGUACCAGAGCAUCUCAAGCUCAAACUUCCUGUUUCCUCCAGACCUUGCAAAAUUCAGUUUAACGUUCCUUUUGGUCCCAAACAAACGGCCCAAAAACCAGAACUAACCAGGUGAAUAGUAGUGUUAAAUGUCAUGCUUUGCAUAGGAUAUCUAUAACUCACUGAAAUUUUACUGUGAAACUUGAAGGAAACACAGUAGACCAAUCUUUACUCUAUUUAUGCCAUACUGUUACCAACCUUGUUAUAAAAUGCUUACUGCAAUAAGGCUAAUAUGCUUUGAAAGGGUUUUUUCCCCCAAAUAACUGCAUAAUGGCUCUGCAUCUCUGUGUGCUGGUGCUGUCUUGCAGUGACUGGCCAAGAACACAACAAGGGGAGAAUUAAAGCUGUGCCUUUUGACUUACUUGCAGUGUUUUAGAGUGCACUUUUAUUGUUGAGCUCUAACAAUGCAUCACAUUAUUUGGCUGCAUGGAGCCAUACUCAUAUUCAAAAAUGUUUAUGCAACAUCGCCAACUACUACCAACAAGCAACAGCAAAUACACCAUGAAAUCUGACACCAAUGUGCAACACAUCUGUGUUAUCUUGUUUAAUAUGAGCACAGAGAAGUGCUUUAAAGAGAGCUUACUUUGAUCAGGGAUUGUGGAGCAGAUGUUUCAUUUCAUCCAAAUACGUUUCCUUGUGGGCGUGUUUCCACAAAGUCCAAUUGUUUACCAGCUCUGUCACUUUCUUUUCUUCAAGUAUAAAAAAAACAGAGGGACGGGGGCAAACUGAAGCAAUGGUGCAACAAUGUCAGAUUUUAUAUAAAGUUUGUACAUAUUUAUGAUUUUUUUUAUGGCACCAGUUUUGAAACAGUACACCCAAGAAGUCUUCUGAGAGGUAUCAAGAACAAAUGGAGGAAGUACACAUCGACACAGACAUGCUGCCAAUUACAGUGAGAUAAGAGGGAUUUUUGGUCAUUGUUUUAACAUUUUAACAGAUUUAUUAUACUCGUGUGGUUUAUGUCAGUUUUUAUUUUUUACAGUAAGCCCUUCUUCAGCUCAGAUUUAUUCAGACAUAUAAUAAGGGAUUUUUUAAAGUAUAACAAUUAUUUUAUGUAAACGACAUAAAUCAGUUUGUCUGUUUAUUGUGAGCCUCAUCACUGAUGAAAUUCACUUAGUAAUUCAAUAUUUAUGAUGGCAAGAUAAAACUGGUGGUAUUACCAAUACUUAUAGUAUGGCCCUGUCAGGAGACACUGAAGCAGAUGAUUCUUUGAGGUUUGAGCUGUCACUGUUUAAUGCCCCAUGCUCUAAUUGUCUUUUGAGAAGCAUAAUGUCAGUUCCUCCCUACUGUUUCACAAUGUACAUCAAAAAUAAUUAUGUGUGUGAAAUAACAUUUUGAACUAACAUUUUAAUGUGUUUGUAAAUAGUCAUUUGACUUUAUAUGUGUGUAUUUUUCCAUAAAUAACAUUUUUACAUGCAUAAACUCAAUGGAUUUAU